CUUAAUCUUAUCAGUUGUUGCGGCUACUCUUUAUGAGAGCGCGUGUUCUGUAAAUAAAAUUAUCAUUACGAUACAAAAUAGUAAUGUUUAAAUUCGGAAAAAUGUUAAAUUAGCGUAAAGUGAAGUGUUCAAAUCGAAUGUGACGAACGAAAAUAAUAAUUUGUUUUUAUUUCGAAAUAUUACCAGCAUCUUUUGACCUUGGAGUCUUGUCAGAUGUCCAUGGGCUCCAGUAACCACUUAACACCAGGUGGGCUGUGAGCUCGUCUACCCGUCUAAGCAAUAAAUAAAAAAAAAGGAUCUGAAGGAAACGUAUAACGACCAUGGAAAAACUCUUCGAGUAUAAAUAUUUGUCUCAAAACCAUUUUGACGGGCUUAAGAAAUAUAAGUACAGCGCCAUCGACACAAGCCCGCUUAGCAACUAUGUUAUGCAUCCGAGUUGGAACUUUAUCACUAGAUUUAUCCCAAAAUGGAUAGCACCGAACUUAAUAACGUUCGCCGGCUUCGUCUGUAUGGUGAUAGUGAUUUUGCUGUUGACUAUAUUUGACUACGAUUUCCAUGGCGCGGAAAGACUUAGGCAAGGCGUAGACGAAUACAGGAUACCGAACUGGGCGUUAAUGGCAUGCGGCGUUUUGCUGUUUUUGGCUUACAAUCUAGAUGGUAUCGACGGAAAGCAAGCUCGGAAGCUUGGCGUGUCAGGCCCGCUGGGAGAACUCUUCGAUCACGGCUUAGAUUCCUACAUCGUGUUCCUCAUACCGUUCUCAAUAAUAUCAAUUUUCGGUAGAGACCCGGUUUACUCUCUCCCGAUUUUCAGGGGCUUCCUUGUCGUGAUUAGCGUAGUUUUGAACUUCUACGUGAGCCACUGCGAGAAAUACAACACAGGUACAUUGUAUUUACCCUGGGGCUAUGACGUCAGCAUGUGGACUUCUUCGAUGAUCUUCAUCGUGGCAGGGCUGUACACUCCCGGACUAGUUAAGUUCCACGUGUAUGGAGACGUAUCGUUCGCUUUGUUUUUCGAAGUGUUAAUUCAUCUCGUCGGCUUAUUGGGAACGGCUCCUGUUGCUGUAUACAAUGUUUACUUAGCCAGAAAGAAUCGCCGAGCGAAAGUCGAGACAUUAACGGAAGCCCUACGCCCGGUGUGGUCAAUGACCCUCAUCUUAGCCGCCCUUAUAUUCUGGGCUGACAAAUCCAAGAACGACAUCAUUGAAAGCGACCCCAGAGCCUUCAUUUUUCUCUUCGGGACACUCUUCAGUAAUACUGCAAGUCGUCUAAUGAUUGCGGGAAUGGCGAGUCAACGCUGCGAGCUUGUCAAUUGGAUGUUCUGGCCUUUGCUUACCGGAGUUGUGACGUCAUUGUACAAACCAGAGUACGAACUGUCGAUCCUGUACGCACUUGUCGUAUUUAGCGUGUUGGCACAUGUGCAUUACGGGAUAUGUGUGGUGAAACAAAUAUGCGGAUAUUAUAAAAUUGAUUGUUUUUUAGUGCCUAAAGAGAAACAGAAAUAACGGAAAUUUCUUUACAAUGAUUUUAUUUGAUAUGUUAUUAAAAUAUGUAUAAUACUUUUCUAAGUGAAGAAGUUUUUCAAUUUAGUGUUAAAAAAAGAGGAGAAUUGAAAUAUAAUAAUUACAAUUA